UAGUUUAUGUAGUUAACAACAAAAAAAAAACUGCACUACUAAAUUGUACCUCUGCGAAAAUGAAGCACAAAUAUUUACCAUUGGUGGCGGCGUCUUGUCGACAAUUUUUGAUUGCAAAAUAAAUACUGCUAUAAUCGCGAGACAAAUUGGUGUAAUAAAAGGUCAUUUUGAUAUUACAGUAUUUACUUUGUUGAGUGUAGAUCAAAACGAGUUACUAAAUAAUUAUUGCGUGCGCGGAUUAAUCAUAAAACAUUAUCAAGAUAUCAAAAGUCAGUGUGAAAUCUCGGAAAUGGUGAAAUUGAGUCAUGGUACAGUUCAGCAUAUCUUUGAACGUGAUCUUCAUGAAAGUCGUGUGGCAAACUUAUAAGAAUCAUGGACACUUUACGUUGACACGUGCAAACUAUCUUCAAGACAAUGAUGACCGAUAUUAAUUUUGUCGUUUUGAAGAUUAACGGCACCGAUAUAAGCCAGCUGCCGGAUAAAAAAGUGGUUGAAAUGUUCCUUACUGCUGAUGAAUCAUUGAUCGUUGAAAUGCAUCCAAAGCCCAGCUCUGUACAUAGCUGUUUUACAUCCCAAACUUGUAUUAAUCUCAAUUGUAAAGAAAGUAACUGCGAACAUAUUAAUGCCAAAAUUAAUGAACUUCAAAUCGUGCCCGAUCUGAAAAUAAAAAAUGAAGAAUCGGAAUCAAUUAUUGACACAAGCAUCUCUAUAAAAUUUGUUGUAGCUAUAAAAUCUUCUGAUCAGCCAUAUAAUUCAGAAGAUUAUUUCCAUCGUACAAGCAGAUCAACUCAAACGGACAGUAGUUAUUUCCUGUAUGAUAGUGCUAAGGAGGCAACUACCCAUUUUAUAGAACAUGAACAUAAUUUGUUAGAACAAUGUUUGGCACCAGAAAUAGAUAUUGAAGAAAUAACUUUAAGAAAGUCGGAAAGUAAUGAACGCUUGGGAUUACUUGUCUGUUACAAUGGUUGUGCCAACUAUGUUAAUGGUAGCGAAAACAAUGGUGCCUUGUCUAGUUCUGACGACAACGAUAUAUGUACCGAAGUAUUUAUAAGUGGUAUACAACCGAAUAGUGUAGCUUGCCGCGAUGGUAGAUUGCGACAAGGAGAUCAAAUCCUACAAAUUAAUGGCAAAGAUAUUAAAAACAAAGAAGAAACUGAACUUCUCAUCGCUGAAAAUAAUAAUGCCGUCACCUUACUCGUUAGUCGGUACCUCUUUACGGAUGAAGAUGAUUUUAAUGAUCGCUUGAUGGUGGAUCAAGAAGGCGAUGACGAAGAGGAUGUUGAGGAGGAAGAGUAUUAUGUUGAACGCAAUGUGACUUAUGAAAACUGCUUUCUCCAAAAUGAUUCUUGUGAACUAAAAAAGGCUUUAGCUUUACAUAGUGAAAGGAAGACAAAGAUUACAAACUUGCAAACGGAUGUUCUUGAGCUAAAGCCGUCAAUAACCACCAUAGCUACAACUGCUACCAUACAACUAGACUUAAAUAAUUCUGAAACCCCCGAAAAGAAAACGACAAAUGCAUUUUCUUCAUCAAAGGAUAAAAUAUUAGCAGGAAAAAAUGGUAGCGAACCAGAAAAUUUGCCUUUUCAGCCGGUCAAAAAGAUGAAUCAAACUACAGGGAGAAAAAUAGGUCAACAUCCUCGUUCUCUUUCGAGUAAAAUAAAUCAGCGGUGCUUAAAUGCACCAUUUGGCUCCGCAAGAUUUAAAAUAAAUGAACAUCAAGAAAUUAUUUAUAAUGCUACAGAACAUAUAUAUGAAACCAUACCAGAAGACUCAGAAUCGGAGCAUCUUUAUUGCUCUCCAUAUGAAAGUGCAGCAUAUGUCACAGCUUUUGGAUCUUGUUCAUCCAGUGCCACUGAUUCGUUUCAACUUCAACAGCAAAAGAAAAAUGUUGCAAAAUGGUUAGACAUAUGCUCUACUCCAGCGACGUCAAAAAGUUCAAAUAUUAUAUUAUCAUUGGAAGAACCUAAUCGAAGCGGAAGCGGAUGUAUUCGUAAACAUUUUCAGAGCGAUGUUAGUGAUACGAUAUCACGGAAGAUAAAUAAUACUGUCCGUAGUACCUUAACAACAAUUACAAACGUAUCGAGUAGUAGUAAUGGCAGUGGUAAUAGCGGUGGUGGCACUAAUAUCGACAUUUCACAUAGUUUAGACCAAGAUUAUUCUUCUAGUGCUUACAAUACGACGAGAUCGCAUAAUAGUACAAUUCCGCUCACUUCGUUACUCAAUCAAAAUAUCGAAAUUGUGGAGAGCAAAGUACGGAAGUCACAGCUUUCAAAGGAUAAAGUAACUUAUGAACCUUCAAAAGAUGGAUGUGAUGGCAUUCUACAAUUUUCGCAAGUUCUGCACAAUAAUAUAGAUGUAGAUAUCCAAGCCAAACCAUCCUCGAAUACAUCUGUGGAUGACCAAGUUAAAUUUUCUACCAACUGUUUGUACAAUUACGAUUCCAAUAUGUGCCAGAUACUUCAUAAAAAUAUGUGUCGAGAAAUGGUUUCAAAACAACGUGGCAUGCAUUCAUCAUCGACGCGGGAGUUAAUACAUCAUCAGCAAAAUAUUUGCUGUCCUCAAUUUGUCGCUCCGAACCUAAGUCAAUAUCACUUCGUUAGCAGUCAAGAGGUUAGAGCGGGUGCACAGCAAAUUACCCCUGUUAAAGACGUUGUUAAUCCCAAAACUAUAUCGGAAGACGAGCCCAUGGUUUGGAAAGUAAAGCGACGCCAAGAUGGUACAAGAUAUAUUGUAAGACGCCCUGCACGAAAUCGCUGUAUCUUACGUGAACGUUCCAUACGUGUUAAUACUGAAGAAACCCGAAAUAGGGAUAUAUCAACUACUACUGAAGAAGAUAGUAUGUCCGAGGUGAAAGCGGGAAGAUAUUGGUCGAGAGAAGAACGCAAAAAACACAUUGAACGAGCGCGAGAACGUAAACAACACCAUCAGCAACAAAUAAAUGAGCAUUCGAAAAUAUUACAGCGAAAAAGAGAUUAUUUAAAUUACAAACAGAAGUCAAACAAACAUCAAUUUUCGGAUGACACUACCACCAAAGUUCCGCAUUUUAAUAUUGCUACUUCUAUACAACAGCAUUAUCAGCUGCAAUUCAAUUCAUCUAGACUACAAAAGCAGCUCAUAUCUAUUAAAGAAACAGCAAAUGACACUGAUCAGUGUAGGACGUCAUAUGUUCAACAGGCAGAAAUAUCACCAAAAAUUAUCAAGCCCGCUUGUGAUGGACAACCGAGUCCAUUAGUAUUAGUACCGUUGAAUCAAACUGCUACAAAUACUCCAAGUUUUCCAGCUUCCGUUGAAGGCAAAAACAUACAAAAUUGUGUCUCUAUUACUACAAUGUAAUACUUUACUGUUAUAAUUUCUGAUUUGAAGUUUUUCAUUCCAUUUCAAGUAAGGAAUCUUAUAAUUUAAAACUUAUUAAUAACAAAAUACACAACUGUACUAGUCCUGUAACUUUUUUUGUGUUUUAACAUUAAAUUAUAAUAAACAUGGUUUUCUAGAGAAGGCAUUGCUAAGCAACAAGA